ACAGUGCUCUGCUAACUUGUUUACUCUCUUGAGAGACUAAAAAGGAGAAGAAAAAAUCCCCCAUCAAAUUCCAGGCUUCACUCUCAGGCAACGAGAUUCCUUGUCACUACUACAUUGUGUCCCAUCAAAGAUUUAUCCCAAACCUAUCCAGAGGGGAUCAUUUUUUUGUGUGGAAUAGCGGCUGUUCAAGGGGAAAUAACAAAAGGAUGAAUUUUAUUCAAGCACAAAAGAAGAUUUUUUUAGCAACAGGAGGGAGGAAAAUGUAAACUUGCCUGAGCAGGAUGUAUUGAGAUGGUACAUGUAUAGUUCACACUGACAGGAUGUUUAAUACUCAGAAAAGCUUGUCCGUGGUUGUUACUACAUGAAUAUAUUUCCCAGCAAUGUUUUAAAUUCUUUUUUUUGCCUUUUUUCAAAUGUUCAAAACAAACCAAUCUUUGUUAGAUUCAUCUAUGUACCGUAAAGUGAAAAUGUUCUCGUGAGAGAAGAGUUGCCGGUUUAUAAAUGAGUAGCCCUUAUGCCCAACAUGAGCUGGAGCUUUUUAACCCGUCUUUUAGAAGAAAUUCACAAUCACUCCACAUUUGUGGGGAAAGUUUGGCUUACAGUUUUGAUCAUCUUCCGUAUAGUGUUAACAGCAGUUGGUGGGGAGUCAAUAUACUCUGAUGAACAAAGUAAGUUCACUUGUAACACAAAGCAACCUGGCUGUGAUAAUGUCUGCUAUGACUCCUUUGCACCACUUUCACAUGUACGUUUUUGGGUCUUCCAAAUCAUCAUGAUAUCUGCUCCUUCUGUGAUGUAUCUUGGCUAUGCAAUACAUAAAAUUGCCAGAGCUACAGAAGAAGAACGGAGAUUCAAGCCAUCAAAGAAAAAAAAAUCCUACUCAAAGUGGCGAUCUGGUCAGAACAUUGAAGAUCCAGAAGAAGAAGAAGAAGAACCAAUGAUAUAUGACGGACCAUCAGAACCAGAGAAAGUUGAGGCCAAGGACAAGGAACAGAAAAAGCAUGAAAAGCAUGAUGGCCGCCGUCGAAUCAAGGAAGACGGAUUAAUGAAGAUUUAUAUCCUUCAGCUGUUAGCAAGAGCUGUUUUUGAGGUUGGUUUCUUGGCAGGCCAAUAUUUUUUGUAUGGUUUUGAAGUUUUACCUUCUUUUCAGUGUAGUACAGAACCAUGUCCUCACACCGUUGACUGUUUUGUUUCCAGACCAACAGAGAAGACAAUAUUUCUCUUAAUAAUGUAUGUAGUGAGCUGUCUAUGCUUAUUGCUUAACAUCUGUGAGAUGUUUCACAUUGGUUUUGGUACCCUAAGGGACGCUAUCCGCAGCAGACGAACAAAUAGAACAAGACAGCCACCUUAUAAUUACUCAUAUCAAAAAAACAUAUCCUGUCCUCCAGAAUACAAUAUGGUGGUUAAAUCAGAGAAAACUACAAAAAUGCCAAAUAGUGUGAUUACUCAUAAACAGAACUUGGCCAAUGUUGCUCAAGAAGAGUGCACAAGUCCAGAUGAGAACGUGCCAUCAGAUCUGUCCACUUUACAUAAACAUAUGAGAGUUGCACAGGAGCAACUAGAUAUAGCAUUCCAGAGCUAUAAUACUCAAGUAAAUCCUCAAACUUCUAGGACCAGUAGUCCAGCGUCUGGUGGGACAGUGGUGGAACAAAACAGGGUUAAUACAGCUCAUGAAAAACAAGGAGCUAAGCCUAAAGCCAGCUCAGAAAAAGGCAGCACCAGCAGUAAAGAUGGAAAAACCUCUGUAUGGAUAUAAAUAGUCUUAAAUGCAUAUUCCACUGGAAGACCAAGUAUUGUUAAUAUGCCAGUAUCAUACUUUGAACCACUGCAGAUCUGAUGCACUAUGUAAAUGAAAGCACUAAGUAAUAUUUUUUUUUUACAAAUGCCAAAUUUUCAUUUUUCUAACAAAAUACCAGGAUUUAUAUUUUUACUUCCCAGUCUUCCUUUUUCUGCGGCUCAAAAGUGUACUUGUUAUUAUCUUUUAGGUUUCAUGUGUGUGUGUGUGUUACAGAGCUACAAACAUCCAGAGAAUAUCAGUUUAUUAAAAAUGAUGAUGAUUAUUAUUAUUUUUUGUUUUUAAAUAAGUCCUUUUGAUCGACUGGAAAUAGAGUUGUUGUGCUAAAUUUACUUGAUAAGAAUUAUAACCUAUUGAUAAAUCUUUUUAUUUAAAAAAUGGAUGUUCUUUCUGUUAUCUGUUUUCAAAUAUUUUCACUAAACAUUUGUCACCAUGACAACAAAGCCCAGAUAAGAAAAUUUGUAUUAUAAAUGUGUGUUUUUUAGGAAGUUGAAUUAUUUGUGUCAUCUCCAGUAAAAAAGAGUAUUUGAUUAAUCUCUUAAUAGCCCUCUCAAAAAAAAAACAAAUGAAUUUAAAAGAAUAAUCUCAAUAUAAUAAGUCAUUUUAUUUGCUUAGAACGCUUUACAGCAGGGGGGGCAUUUGUAACAAAAGAGACUGUUUAUUAUAUUAAUUUAGUUACUUUGUUUUGGUGGUCAGGUGAAUUUUAAAAAACAGAUUGAAAGGUAAGAAUGGAAUAUAUUUAAUAAAAUAAUUAAUUUGUUUAGAGAAGAUGACACAUACAUCUCAAAUUAAUAGAAAGGCUAUGUAAUCUUUUUCAAUUACAAACUUUUUUAAUAGCUGCAAUUUUUCGUUUUUUUUUCUGCUUAUAUAAUAAUUUAAAAAAACACAUUAGGAAGUUGGUAAAACAAUUAAUCUAGCAAUCAAAUAUAUGCACACCAUCUUGGUUGUAAUAAAUAUGGCCAAAUAAUGUACAAGAUUAUGUAGUAACAUUCAACAAAAAUAACUUUAUUUGUUAAUAUCUAUUUUGGAUUCUAUCUUAAAAUUACCCAUCAUGCCAGUAACUAUACUAACUGGAUGGCAUCUUUAUACUCGAGAAGUGAACUUAUAUAGAAAUUGGUGCUUGGUGAUAGGAUCACUAAAUGUUUAAGGAGGAGCUAUGUUGGAAUUCAACUUUCUAAUCCAGCUUUACACUGCAAAGACAUUGCUAUGCAAUAUUGUUUCAUAAACAUCCUGUUAAAGGACAAUUUGAUUACUAAAAAUAAAAUGCAGGGCUCUUAGGCUUCAUGAAUGUUGUGUAAAUAUGUGAUGAGAAAAUGUGUCUUGUAUAUGCCUAGUAAGAUUUUGUAUAUGCUUCAUUCUAUUGGUAUCCUUUGUCGAAGAAGCAACAAUACUCUACUAGGAGCUAACUAAAUGCUUUGGGUGAGCAAACAACAUGAGGCCUAUAUGUGAAGCCACCAAUCAGCAGCUCCUGAGACUACCAAGGUAACCUUGUCAACAAAAGGAUACUAAGAGAACAAAACAAAUUAGAUAACAGAAGUAAAUUGGAAAGUUGUUUAAAAUCACAUGCUCUAUCUGAAUCAUGAAAGAAAAAAAUGUGGGUUUCAUGUCCCUUUAAGAUAAAAAUGAUGCAUUGAUCAAAAGGGGGCAUUCAAGGUUUUCAAAUGUAAAAUACUCCCCCCCCCCUAAAUCUUGCUAGAAGACAAACCAACACCUGAAUUCCAAUCCGUCAGGAAACACUUUUCCAGAAGCUUUUCUUAGAAUUACUUUUUAACUUUUUAAAUUCUACAUCAUGGACUUGUUGAUCAUCCAUUUUGACCUAUUUCUAGAGGUGAUUCUUAGCUGUUUACAUUUUGUUUUCAUAAUUAAGUUCUUGCACAUGCUCACUUCACUUUGUUAAAUACUAGGCAGGAAAUAUAGUUCAAAUUUCCCUUUUAAACAUCAAUUAGAUAAAAGAAACAAUUAAUUUUAUUCAUGUCAUGAAUUGAUAUCAGUGUCUAAGAACCCAUUGGAGCCUAUCUAUAAAGCGCCGAACGGAGCUUGAGGGCCCAUUUUUCUGGCGAGUCUUCAGACUUGCCAGAAACACAAGUUAUGGAGCAGCGGUCUAAAGACUGAGCAGGCGGACAGGAAUCGCCGGAAUACAACCCAAUCAAGUACGAUCGGGUUGAUUGACACCCCACUGCUGGCGGCCCAUUGGCCGCGAGUCUGCAGGGGGCGGCAUUGCACCAGCAGCUCUUGUGAGCUGCUGGUGCAAAGCUGAAUAGGGAGAGCGUAUUGUUUUCCGCAUUCAUCGAUGUCUGUCGGACCUGAUCCGCACUGUCGGAUCAGGUCCGACAAACAUAUGAUAAAUAUGCCUCGUGUUGUAAUUUUGCUGUGACAACACGUCUUUUGUCUUUGUCAAGGUAAAAAAAAAAAAGCUUGUGGAAAAUCCUUUGAAAAGCCUGCAGUAGAACACUCCUGAUUUAUAUUUUUUUACAUUUAGCUGUGAUAUUAUUUUCUAAUUUAAUUUAUUUGUUUAAUUCAAAUGACAGCUCUUAUGCAUUGCUACAGUGUGUAAAACCGCAAAAUGUCACUACAGCUGCAAUACAUAACUUUUCUGAUGAUUUGGAAUCUUGAGCACCCAAAAAGUUUUAUUUUUGCUUAAACAGUGUUUUGGUUUUGUAAUGACAUGAUACAUUAUACAUCUAAAUUUAGGGAAAAGCUUUCUAAAUAAUUGAACUGGUAUGAUUAUGAUCCUGGGCAUCCAUUGUAAUAAAAGAAAAUAUUUCUAGCUGCUAAAAUUGUCAAAAUGAAGUGAAAGUUAUGAAUAUAUAUAUAUAUAUAUAUAUAUAUAUAUAUAUCUGAAACAAAGCAUAAUGUUUGUAAAUAAUGCCUCUUUAAAGGGACAUUAGACUUGUGAGCACAACUACAAUAGCAUGGUUACUACUCUCCAUGUAAAUAUGAACAGUGGCUGCAUUGCUCUAUAUCAGGGGUGAUCAAACUUGACCCUCCAGGGGAUUUGGAACUACAUUUCCCAUGAUGCACAGAUAGCAUUUCAGCUGGCUGAGCAUCAUGGGAAAUGUAGUUCCAAACCAUCUGGAGGGCCACGGUUGAUCACCCUUGCUCUAUAUUAUUUAUAAUCAUUAUUUUAUUAUUAUAUAAAAAGCUGCAAAUAUGUCAACCUUCCACUUUGCAUUCUGUGUGUUAAUCUGCACCAGGCUACAGUUGUGAAAGAAAUAGCAACAUCACUGAUCUGUGAUUGUUCACCGCUUUUGUUGUACAGUGCAAAAUAAAAGAGUGUUCCAAGAUGGCGACCCCCUGUAUGAAAAUGUGGCGCAUCAACAACCAGCGGCCUAUAAAGGGUUAAAAUAAGUAGCCAAUGAAGCAAAUAAAAUAGUAUAGUCAGAAGUAGCCAUUCUUUUGAAGCUGUGUACAGAACUGCAACAUUUGAAUAAACGCACAGUGUUGAAACAUUUUGUCAAAUAAAUCAAUGACAAAGCAAAAACAUAAUUAUGGUGGAUCUCAAAGCCUAAAAUCAGUGGAAAAAGAUGACCAAGUAGCAUUAUCCAACAUGUUACUAGGUCGCUAGAUACAAACAUAAGUAAUGUCCCCCAUAUACAGGGUGUUCUUUUUUUUAUUUUUCAGCUAUUUCUGUCUUAAAGCCAUAAAGAACAUGUCUAUGUAUUUUAUUAUUUCUGGUAAGACUGCAGGAAAAUCUAUAGAAGUCUGGGAGAGUAAACACAAAAACUGUAAGAAACAAAUUAUACAUAGUUGCCUGGGUGCUUUCUCAAACUGUCGAGUCAGUUAACUUCUUUAUAUUUUCUGUUCGUUUUUUACAUUUAUUAAGAAAGUUUUUUUUUACUAAAAUAUGUAAAUAUUUGAUAAAUGUUUUUAUAACUUGUAUUUGUUUCUAUAUUGCCAUAUUUGAGUGACUGUUACAAAGUUCAGGUUAAUGGAUCUUAAGGAAACUAAAUAUUAACAUUAGCACCUGGCUCCUGAUCACCUGUAAAUGUACUUAGGAAGCAUUCAUUUUAUCAGCUAUAUAUACAUAUUUAAACUGUACCUGACAAAAACAUUCCAAACCUAUAUACUAGUCGACCUCAUAUGAGCUUGAUAUAUUUGUUCUCCUAAAUGGGAUAUUGUACUAAAAAAUCUACCAUGUGCAGUUAAAGAAUAUGAAUUGGAUGAUAGGUACACCCUACUAAUGCUCAUUGGCUGAGAGGUAUUUCCUGCUAAUGCUUAUUGGCUAAGAGGUAUUUCCUGCUAAUGCUUAUUUGCUGAUGGGUAUUUCCUGUUAAUGCUCAUUUCCUGCUAAUGCUCAUUGGCUAAGAGGCAUUUCCUGCUAAUGGUCAUUGGCUGACAGGCAUUUCCUGCUAAUGCUUAUUGGCUGACAGGUAUUUCCUGCUAAUGCUCAUUGGCUGGUACAAUGAGCAUGCUUUAACUUCACAUUUUUUUCUGGCAAAGAAAAAACAUGUUUAUUUGGGGCUUUUUUUUUUAUUAAAGAGUGCAAUGUCCCUUUAAACCUCUGAAUUUCUCUAUAUAAUAUAAAGUACAAACCCUCCAAAAAUCCACAUCCCUUACACUAGGGCAGUGAUGGACAAGUGGAGUUCUCAGGUCCAUAUGUGCUUCUUGAGCAUUACUUAUGCAGCCCCUAUAGUCUGUUCUCUGAAGCAAGUCUUGAAGUCCCGUGUUUAAGUCUGUAGGACACAUUAUUAUGCUAGUUUACCCCAUAACACAUGUUGACUAUCUUCAUAUUCCUUUUUCACCCUCCCACAUAAUCUAGUCUCCCCCAUCCACGACAUUUCAGCUCAUUACAUAACAAUACAUUGCAGGUAACCAAAGGGUUAAUAACAUUGUCCCUGGUGUUUGUAUAACCUUGUCAACUCAAACAAUAUUUAAAGGGUUACUCUUCAGAUCCAAUUGUAAAUAGUUUAAAAUUUACAUAGCACAGUCAGAGUAGGGAAAUAUGAUCAAAUGACAUCAUAUUUACAUAUCAAUCUAGGAAAAGUCUUGUUUAACUUUUAUAUUGGGUGACUAGGAGCCUAGUUAGAGGUGUCACAUUGUACAAAUGGUAGAAACAUUUAUAAAGACUCAGUGAGACUGCAAGUGGGACUCCUGUAUGUGUCUUGUAUCUCUAAUCUGCAAUAAAUGUUCAGUGUUCACCUGUAACAAUGCACACUAAUAAAGCCUGGUAAAACUUGAAUAAAAUGUUUCUUUAUAUCA